AUGUUCAUCAGGUCUCCCUGCUCCCCCUCCUCUGCCGCUGGGAAGGAAGAGGCUGAAGAAAGGGACAGGGCGGUGCAGCGGCAGCAGCCGCUGGAAGAGGAGGAGGAGGAGGAGGAAGAAGAAGAAGAGGAGGAGGAGGAAGAGGAUGAUGGUGAUGAUGAUGAGUUAGAAGAAGAAGAGCAGCCUCCUCGUCCUCCUCCCCCCCAGCGACAGCAUCCACCCCCCUCUAACCCGUUCUGGACCGCCGUCUUCGACUAUGAGGCGAGCGCCGAGGACGAGCUCAGCCUGCGCAAGGGGGACGUGGUGGAGGUGCUCUCCAAGGAUUUCAAAGUCUCUGGAGAUGAAGGCUGGUGGACAGGCAAAAUCAAUGACCAGGUUGGCAUCUUUCCCAGCAACUAUGUCACCAGUGCCCCAUGUUACAGUAAGUUGCAAGGCCGGAGCACGGAGCACUACCCUCUGCCACUGGAAAUGGACUUUAAUGAGCUGCAGCUGGAGGAGAUUAUUGGUGUCGGUGGCUUUGGAAAAGUCUACAGGGGCAUCUGGAGGUCAGAGGAGGUAGCUGUUAAAGCAGCUCGCCAGGACCCAGAUGAGGAUAUUAGUCAGACCAUUGAGAAUGUUAAACAAGAAGCAAAACUGUUUGCGAUGCUGAAGCACCCUAACAUCAUAGCCUUAAAAGGGAUUUGUCUGAAAGAGCCCAAUCUUUGCUUGAUCAUGGAGUUUGCCCGUGGGGGCUCUUUAAAUAGAGUGUUGUCAGGCAAGAAGAUACCUCCUCAUAUUCUUGUCAACUGGGCAGUACAGAUUGCAAGGGGCAUGAAUUAUUUACACGAAGAAGCAAUUGUUCCUAUUAUUCAUCGCGAUCUCAAGUCUAGUAACAUUUUAAUACACGAGAAGGUGGAAAACAAGAGCCUAAGUAACAAGACUCUGAAAAUCACAGACUUCGGCCUGGCACGAGAGUGGCACAAAACAACCAAAAUGAGUGCUGCAGGGACCUAUGCCUGGAUGGCUCCAGAAGUCAUCCGAUCCUCCAUGUUCUCCAAGAGCAGCGACAUCUGGAGCUAUGGUGUGUUGCUGUGGGAACUUCUGACUGGGGAGGUUCCAUUCAGGGGGAUUGAUGGACUGGCUGUGGCCUAUGGGGUGGCUAUGAACAAAUUGGCCCUUCCAAUUCCUUCAACCUGCCCAGAACUUUUCAGCAAACUGAUGGAAGAUUGCUGGAACACGGAUCCACACUCCCGCCCCUCGUUCACCUGCAUUCUGGACCAACUCACAGCCAUCGAGGAGUCAGGCUUUUUUGAAAUGCCGCAGGAUUCAUUUCAUUCCUUGCAAGAAGAAUGGAAGCAGGAGAUCCAGGAAAUGUUUGAACAACUCCGGGAAAAGGAGAAAGAAUUGCGGACCUGGGAGGAAGAGCUGUCCCGCGCUGCCCUGCAGCAGAAGAACCACGAGGAGGUGUUGCGGCGCCGGGAGCAGGAGCUGGCCGAGCGAGAGAUUGACAUUCUGGAACGAGAGCUCAAUAUCAUCUUCCACCAGCUCCACCAGGAGAAACCAAAGGUGAAGAAACGCAAAGGCAACUUCAAGAAGAGCAGGCUCAAGCUCAAGGAUGGCAACCGGAUCAGUCUGCCCUCUGAUUUCCAGCAUAAGAUCACCGUGCAGGCCUCUCCCACUCUGGACAAGAGGAAGAGUCUGAUCAGCAGCAAGUCAAGUCCUCCAGCAAGCCCUACCAUCAUCCCACGACUCAGGGCAAUUCAGCUAACACCAGGUGAAAGCAAUAAGACCUGGGGCCGCAGUUCAGUGUUUCAGCGAGAGGAAUGUGAUGAGGACGAAAAGAAAGGGCAGAAAAAGAAGGGCUGGACGUGGGGCCCCAGUUCUUUACAUCAAAAGGAUCUCGCUGGUGGGGAAGAUAGCCUUAAACAUCUGGUAGAUGGAAACAAGCAGUGGUCCUCCAGUGCUCCCAAUCUGGGAAAAAGCCAUCGACCAACUCCUACUGUCCCAGGGUUUGCCAGCCUUGUUGAAAUAGAGCAUGAAGAUGGUGAUACCAUUAUUGAUUUCGAUGCAACACUACAACAACCUGCUUUACACAACCAAGCCUACCUCGCUUUACCAUUUGACCGAAAUGAUGGGGAGGGUGCUGUUAGUGACAACAAUGAAGAUCCUACUCCAGUGAACUCGGCUACUAGCACCCCGCAGCAUACUCCCACCAACAGUACAAAACGGAGCUCGCAAAGGAAGAAAUGUGACUUUGUCUUCCUUGGUUGUGGGGCUGUCCUAGCAGCAGUGGCUUUGGGAUUAGAUUUGCUUGAACUGGGGAAAUGUCAUAUUUUGCAAGAAGAUGUUGAGCCAAAGGAAGAGAAGAAAAAGAAGGAAGGCAUUUUUCAACGCACCAGCCGAUUGCGGAGGAGCACCAGCCCUCCAUCUCGAAAUCUCUUCAAGAAUGAAGAAUCGGUGAUUACCUCCUUUGAUCCAUCUUCCUCAUUGACAUUGCUCUCAUUAUCUUCCAUUUCUGAAUGCAACUCCACGAGAUCUUUGUUACGCUCAGAUAGUGAUGAAAUGGUAGUGUACGAAAUGCCUACAACCCCAAGUUCGAUGAAUGAGAGCUCCAAAUUUAUUACCAAUCAUCCUUUGGUUGAUGUAACCAUUGAACGCUUCAAACGUGACCCUAAGCAAUCAUUGACUCCAACUCAUGUGACAACAACCUCCACCGCAGUGCACUGGGGUCACAGGCGAACUCCUUCUGAUGGAGCUAUUAAACAAAUUCCUCAGACUCCGAACUGUAUGCCAUCCAAUGGUGCCAUGGGCUCUGUUGUUACAGGUAUAGGUAAAAUUCCAAGUCCCAGCAGGGAUCCAACGGAAGUUCCUCGCCUGCCUGACCCCAAUCUGGUUUUUCCACCGACUCCAAGACGAAGGAACACAAAACAAGAUUUCACAUUAGAAAGACCCAAAACGUUGGAAUUUGUACCGAGGCCACGCCCAUCUGCAAACCGUCAGCGGUUAGACACAUGGUGGUUUGUCUCACCCAGCAAAACAUGCAGUAACUCCCCUGUCAAUAGUUCAAGCACUGAAACACCAUCCAACCUGGACUCCUGCCUCAGCAGCAGUGGCACUGUGGAGGAAAGGCCCCUCUUUCUGCCUUACAGGCAAGGACUCGGUAGCUAUGAGCGGACAUUGUUAGACACAGAUGUGGAAGGUCAGAGUCAGGAUGGAACACUCCCACUGUGUGGAGCAGAGAUGAAUCCACGCAAGACAACAGCCUAUGAGCUACAGCACAAUUUCUGGUCAUAGCAGCACGUGGUAUACCGCACGAGUCCACAGAAGGAACUUGCACUGGGAAUGCACUUUUAUAGAAAGACUGGCUUGAACUGAAUGCCACUUAAUGUCACCCUAGAAUUUUGCCGAACUUCAAACUUGGAUCCGGGAUCCACGUAGCCGACAAUAAAAAUAAGCAGUUGGAUGCUGUUCAGUUGGGUUCAUCCAUCUUAUUCCCAAAACUCAUCUUGUACUGUACGUGUCCAAGAUCUGUGUUCCCAUUCCCAUUGACAUUUUGGCUUAGAAUCAUGCUGUUAUGAAUCGAGGCUAAAUUCAAGCUGCAUUUGUUAGUAGAAAAAAAAAUUUAUGUCUGUAUUCUCCUGUGUUGUAACCUACUUAAACAAGUUCCAAGGCAAGCACGUUAUCAGAUGCUAAAAGCAUAAAGCAUGACCGAUAGAGAUUUAUGCACCUUCCAAUAAGCUAUAAAUAGUCUCGGAUGAAGACGUGUUAAACCAUGCCUGUUUUUCAAAAAUCUUAAGACCAUGCAUUUCUUUUCCUCUCUGCAAGUCUGUUGUUCCUCCCAUCCCAAAUGAUGACAAAAGCAGUAAAGGUGAAGAGAGAGAGAGAAGAAAUUUGUGGCACCCCCACACCUCCACAUUACUUAAGCUGGAUGAUCAUGAUUUAAAGCUGAGAAACUCAGCAGUUUUGCAAUGCGGAUAGUAUCUGUGAAGUGAGUACACAGCUCAAAACUUUUUGUCACAUGGACAAGUCACAUGCAGCUCUCAACAGGCUGGUGAAGGCAAGGUAUUCAUGUGUUUUUUUUUUCCCAGUGGGUCUUGUGUCAUCCUCUUGAGCCAACUUUUCUGAAUCUGUUUACUAAACUCUCUCACCAUUCCUGACGAGCACUCAUUCUAAAGAGGGUUUUAUUUUCGCAUGGUUAGUGAGAUUGAAUAGACUUUUCUGCCAAUAUGUCAAACUGCAUUGCCUCAGCUGAAGUAAUUCUUGACUUAUUUACAAAGAAGUCUGUUUCUGGACAUCAACUGUUAAGAAAAGUAUCAUCAUCAAAGUUUUUGGGUCAGCAAUGCAGCUCACAGCUCCCCGGUCUAUUGGUUAUAAUUGUUUUUGCUGAAUCAAAAGAUUGGGAACAAAUGUUCCAGUGUUCAUCUCAUGUCCUUGUCUAAGUGACCACUUGUAUUUAAUGCUCUUUUUAAGUAUUUAUUGCACUGAGACCUUGAAGGUCAAAGAUUGACAUUAUUAAUAACAUGUAAUGAAAAAUUGUCAGAGGAAUGUUUUAUUGUUAACUGUGAGGAAAUGAUGUCCCAUUUUAUUAGCCUAAAGUCCAUAGGCUGGACAGUAUUUGCAAAAGUUCUCAGUCCAGAAGUCAAAUCUUUUAUCUAUGCCUUUCGAUAUAAGCCAGUGUUACUUGCUAGCUUUUUGUGGUGGCUACUUCCAACAAUUUUUCAACAAAUGACACCAGAGACUUAAUGAGACAUGGUGACAGAGUGGUUGCUAUAUGUGGGACUGAUGGUUCUGUCUCCACUGCAGGGUUUUUUUUGUCCCCAUUUGCUCUGUGAAUGCUGCAAUAGCCUUGCCUCUCCAUUAAAUUCCCUGUACUUCUCCUGGGUAGCAAAUAAGAGGAGUAGAUUUGUCUGCUACAGAAGAGUAAACUUGCCAAAGGCCAUAAUGGUGGGAAGCUGGGAAGCAAAUGGUCUGCUAGUGAUAUUACGAGUACCACUGAUGCAAGCCAGUGUUUGAUGGGAGGAAAAUGUAGUACAUCUUCACAGUGUGUGCUAUGAUUUAGCAACUCCACAAAAAUCUGCUAACUCACCAAUAUAUCGAGCAUUCAGCUACAGGAAACAAUUUCUCAAAAGGCAUAAUUGAAGUGCAUCGUUUUUUUGUUUCUAUUUUCAUUUGUCCCAUUUGUAAGCGUGGUAACUUUGUGCGUGUAAUUUAUGAGUCAGGAAAAUGCAUCAGCCUUAUAUUCCCCCCCCACGCCCCCACCCUGCUGCCCCUGGUAACAGACUUAUAACUUCCAGGAAGGAUGAAGUGUUUUUCACAGUGGAGCAUUUGGGAUUCACAAGUCUCCCAGUUUCAUAAUGCAAUGGACCUAGAAUAAGUUUCGGCUAAAACUGACCACCCUCUUCAUCCUGCCUUGAGUCUGUGCAUUUCCUGCUGGUCAACGGAAGGUGUAGUUACAGGAUGCACAUAUUGGAGUGCAUGGAUGUGAGUGGCAUUAUACUGUCUCUUUUAUAGCUUUGAUAGGGGAAAAGAAGAGACAAGUGAGGAAAGAAAUGGGAUUGUGGUCUUUAUGCGGUUGAAAGAUACUGUUACCUUCACAAACAGACAUUCCCAUGUCUGUCCAGGAAUCCCAUUGAUUUAUCUGGAACAACAAUGUUAAGAACUAAACUGGAUGCAGCAAGUACCUACUUGAACUGGUCAUUUAAAUACAUCUCUGAUCUGAGAAUAGUACAACUUCUUGUUUCCUUUCACUUGUUUCCUUUGAAGGGAAGGUCUGUCACUUUUGUCUUUGGUUUACUUCAACUUUG